AUGAGUGUUUUGCGACCUUUCAGAGCUACUGACCUCUUCAAGUUCAACAACAUCAACUUGGAUAUUUGGACGGAGACAUACGGUAUCUCGUUCUACCUGAACUACUUGUCAAGAUGGCCAGACCUAUGCUGCGUGCAGGAGGCCCCCAGUGGCCGACUUAUGGGCUACGUCCUCGGAAAGGCUGAAGGCAGUGGCCUCGAGUGGCAUGGACACGUCACCGCUCUAUCCGUCGCGCCCGAGUACCGCCGUCUCUCUUUAGGUCGUAAAAUGAUGGGCCUCCUGGAAUUUGUCUCAGACGAGGUCUACAAGGGUUUCUUCGUCGAUUUAUACGUCCGUUGUGCAAACAAAGUGGCCAUAAAGAUGUAUGAGGGCCUUGGAUACAGCGUUUAUCGCCGGGUAAGGGAGUAUUAUGGGAGCCUAGGGUUGGGGCCGGGAGGAAGAGACGAAGAGGACGCCUUCGACAUGCGAAAACCUCUAUCCCGCGACCCUCAACGUCGGUCCGUGCGAGCCAAUGGACGGGAUAUAGUUGUAAGUGCAAAUGAAGUGUCGUAA